UGUCUUAUAGCAUUGUAAGCCCUAUAUGGAGCACUUUGAAUAAGCUUGGGUAUACAAAUGAACUUCAUAUAACUUUUGUUGUUGAUACUAUACAGUGCACAGUGCCAUAAGAAUGGCCGGGGCCUUGAAGGCAGCACUUCCUGCACAGACAGCCCUGCCUGCAGGAUAGUUCCUCUCCUCAGCUGGAUGUAUCGUUAGCUCCGCAGCUAGCAGCUCUCCAGGCCCAGCGGCCGGCCGGUGCUUCCUCAUCUUCCAGCCAUGGCGUUGGUUACUCUGCAGCGGUCCCCGACCCCCAGUGCCGCAUCCACCGCCAGCACAGCGACCACCACCGCGGGGGAGGAUUUUGGGAGUGAAGAUGAACGGCGAAUAAAUCAGAGCCUGAGUGAGAGCUACUUUAUGGUGAAGGGCGCUGCUCUCUUUCUGCAGCAGGGGAGCAGUAAUGAGGGACAGAAAGCACAUCCUCACCACAAACAUGCAGGCGACUUACCUCAACACUUACAGGUGAUGAUAAACAUUCUUCGCUCGGAGGACAGAAUCAAACUGGCGGUGCGUCUGGAGACAGCGUGGUCUGACCGGGUGCGCUACAUGGUGGUGGUCUACACCAGUGGGCGACAAGACACAGAGGAGAACAUCAUGCUGGGGAUCGACUUCACCAGCAAAGACAGGUCAGAGUGA